AAUGAUUUUAAUGUUAACAGGUCUCAAAUUAGGAACGUCCCUUCUCUAUCUUGGCUGUAUUCUUCUCUGAUGGUUUUACCAAUAGGUGUUUGUUACUGAUCAAGCGAAGAGAUGCAGAAGAGGUAUUGUGCUUGACUCUGGAGAUGGUGUCAGCCAUACAGUCCCCAUUUAUGAAGGGUAUGCUCUUCCACAUGCUAUCUUGCGUCUUGACCUUGCUGGUCGUGAUCUCACUGAUCACUUGAUGAAGAUUUUGACUGAGCGUGGUUAUUUAUUCACCACAACAGCUGGACGUGAAAUUGUGAGAGACAUGAAGGAGAAAUUGGCCUACAUUGCCCUUGACUAUGAACAAGAACUAGAAAUUGCCAAGACCAGCUCUUCCGUCUAAAAGGCUUAUGAGUUGCCCGAUGGACAGGUGAUCACCAUUGGGGCUGAGCGUUUCCGAGGCCCUGAAGUGCUCUUCCAGCCAUCUAUGAUAGGGAUGGAAGCUGCUGGCAUACAUGAAACAACAUAUAACUCCAUAAUGAAGUGUGAUGUUGAUAUCAGAAAGGAUUUGUACGGCAAUAUAGUUCUCAGUGGUGGUUCCACCAUGUUCGCUGGUAUUGCUGAUAGAAUGAGCAAAGAGAUCAGCGCAUUAGCUCCCAGCAGCACGAAGAUCAAGGUGAUUGCUCCACCUGAGAGGAAGUACAGUGUGUGGAUUGGAGGUUCCAUCUUGGCAUCACUAAGUACAUUCCAACAGAUGUGGAUUUCCAAAUCCGAAUAUGAUGAGUCUGGUCCUUCGAUUGUGCACAGGAAAUGCUUCUGAGCACAAGAAGCAAGGGAAAGAUAGACUUAAGUCCUCCUUCCAUUUAGGAAGUAAAUGCUUCCUCUAUUCUCAUAUCUUGUUCCUUCCAUCUGUUUUUCUGCUCCCCAUCUCUCUUAUCGUCUUGGCAGUGACCUUGCGAUUGAGAAGAUGGGGGUGAACGUUGGAGUAUUUCAGUUCUCUUAUCCAUUUUCCUUUUGGUAGUGAGGGACAGUUGCCCAGCAAACCUUUGGUGUACUUUUUGUUUCUUGUUAUUCUAUUUUUCUUUUACUACUGUUUUUCCAUUUCUCUGGCACCUGUGUUAGUUGUUAGCCUUAGCCGUCCAAUUUGAUGAAUAAAUUAGUCCUCUAUAA